AUGCCUUCAUUCUUACGUCCCACCGCUCAACACUGUCUUGACUUCUUGUCGCAUCCGAAUGCGUACGUAGCGCAUGAUCCAAUCGGUUACGAUCUCUACUUCACGUUACCAUUCGAUUUAGGUGCCCUGUAUUCCAUGCGCCCUCAGGAGUUAGAGACACUUUAUAACCUCUUGGAUACGAUGCAGCACGAAGUCGCAGAAAGUCUAGAUAGCCAUAUUCUGGAGAAUGUUCUCCAAGUGCAGUCAAUCAUCUUGCGCAGGCUCGAAAACGCCAGGUGUCUUGGCGAUUUGGAACUACAGGGCUGGACGGCUGGUCAUGGCUUCCCGGUAUAUAAUAAAUUCCAAUAUCCAGUCGAUUUCCGUUGGGAUUGGGAUGUCAUCGAGUUCGAAGGAUUAUAUUCCAAAUACUUCAAUCUAGUACACCCUGUAAGUGCCGGCUACCUCUCCCAUUCUAUAUACAGCACUCCUAUCAGGUACAUCUCCCCGCCGCCCAACACCUCGGCCAGUCGUUCGCCGUAUGGAAGUGCGAACCUCGACCGUAUAUAUUCUGAGUCUGGUAGACCCGUUAUCAUGUAUGGAGCCACCUUUGCGAAUACAAAUAAGUGCUUGGAAUUUUUGGAUUCACUUACAGACUGCGACAUUGCCUUACUCGAAGACGAAACCAUACAGCUUGAAGGCGAUAGCCAUCUUGGCAUACGCAGGAUUUGGGGCCGGAAUGCGAAUUCGCACUUCGAGCGAGUUACGCGGGCUUCGUGGACUGACCUGAAAACCAUCGAAUCUACCGAAAUCGAGGAACGUAAUCGUCAAAACAAGACCGAGACAAAGCAGCAUGCCUCAAAGCAUAUACAUAGUUGGGAGGAUUUCUAUCAGUUGGGUCUGAUAUCAUAUGAUAUGGCUGCCGAAGCUGAUGGUCUGAUGUCCCGUACCGAUCUGUACUUGCUCAAACUAUACAAAGCUAUGCGCGACCGGAGGUUAUCAGAAAGGGAUGCUAUACAAACAGUAGCUGAUAUCAAGUGUAUUGAUCCUAACAGUCUGCCCGCGCGACCUAUGCGGGCCGAUCACUCGCGAUGGGGCGAAGAAACGCCUACUUACGCGUUCCCAAACGAGCCCAGCUAUGACACUCCCCGGGUGACCAUUCGACCAGCAACACCCUAUUCGAUCUUUGAUAACCCUGCCGAAGAACACUAUAUUCUGUCAGGAAGCCGUCUGGAACAAGUUCAGCAUCCGGGCCAAGGUACAGAACGGCGCUCCCAAACCAUGCAGCCGCGAUCCAACCGGGAGAUUGAUCAGCAUACAUUCACAAAACAACCAGAGCCUCAUUACGUGACGUAUUUGCAAACACCAUCUGUGCAUCGUCAGCCUGCGAUAGCCCACGAGCGUAAUUCGUUAUUCUCUGCUGGCCGUGAAGGCAAGCGGAAGGUACAGAUCAAAGAUGCUAAGAGCAUGCCGGAGUCUGAGGGAAAAAAGCUUGAUCGGACCUACAGCAAGAUGAAGUCGCAAGCAGCCAUCGACAGAGCAUUAGCUGCGCAUGAGAUCAAGAAGGCCAAAGAACGUUCGCGCCAGAACGCCACACAGCAAGCUACCUACUUUGAAGACCAUAGGCAGCAGCCUUCAUCUUCUUCAUCCGCCCAGGAAGCUAUUAUAAGAAGCGAACACACUCCUGAGACCGUUGACGAGCAAGCCUUGAAUCCUCGAAACACUAUGAACGGCGUCAACCCUAACGCGUGCCGGACUCGGUCGUUCCAAGAGCCAACUCGCCUCUUCAUACGUCCCGGAGCAGCAACAAGAUCUUCGGGUUAUCAUGGAGGUCUGAAGGACUUGGCCCAGUCGGAUCCUCAUCGAUCUACUUACCAAGCUUACGCUGAAGACAGCCUAGAGGAUGCGCCUCGUGCUGUACUUGGCUCGUGGCGGGAUAUGUAA